GCGUUAUAAUUUCACCGUUUCAUUCUCGACGACGAGUAAAGGUUUACAAAAGCGAAUAGUUUUAAAGAAUAAACCAAAGAAUAUACAAUGUAUAGUACUGUGCCCGUUAGUUAUGAUGAAAUGGGUAAUUACAUCAUGCUUGAAUUAUUACUUUUUUCUCUAAUUUCAUUGUUUCCAAUACAUUCCUGCAAAAUAAAUACGCUUUUAAAAUGACUAUACAACAGCGUUGUUUAUAUGUCUAUAACAAAGAACAUACAUCAAUUAUAAAUAUAUUUAUUGUCUUUUAAACUGCUUUACCCAACUGUAGUCAACGAACAGAACAAAAUGCCAUUGUUAUUUGUAUAAUGUGGGUGCAACCUGGAUUUGCAUUGCAAAUAAUUUAUAUUGUCUUUUCACGUUACCCAUUGGAGCCGAGGAGUGUUAUGCUAUGUCAUUGUUAUUUGAUAACAAAGGAAGAUAGUUGCAGUAACUGACUUGGAACGAAAAUGAAUUUGUUAUUUUGAUUUUAUUUCUCUCCUGCUGCUUUGUGUGUUAAAUUAAUCGGCAUUUAACGAUAAUUUAAGACACGAGUAGCAUCGAAGACAUAAGUGCCGAGUCAAAAUGACAGUGUCUUGUUGUUUUUCUAUAUAUUUUAUCAUCUUCUUUAGUGGACAAUUGAACGUUGCUUUGGGAAGCAUUGACCAGGCUGGAUUUAGAAAAUAUGGCCGGUUGUACAACACUGAUGGCCAGGUUUGUACCUCGGAUAGAACCGUGUUUAAGGCAGACAGUGUGACAUCUUGGGUGGAAUGCGCUGUACUAUGUUCGAACACUGACCUGUGUUUCGCAAUAUUCUACAAUUCAGAAACAAGGAAGUGCACUGGUUGCACUUACUUCGGUGAUAAUGAAACUCUCAUCGAUGCUGGAACAAAGUUUUACAGUCGCAUAGGUUAUCGGCUCAUUCAACAACAGCUGAAUUGGACAAAUGCAAAGGCGAAAUGUUUAGAACUAGGAGGUAGUCUGGUGUCAAUAAAGUCUCUACAGCAACAUGAUUUUAUUGUUAGGAUUCUUAGUGGAUUCUAUGCCGUUGAUACUGAUUAACGUAUAUGGAUUGGGGGAAAUGAUAUGGCAACAGAAGGAACGUUCCUAUACGAAGACGAGACAGCCUUCGCUGAAACUCCCGGUGCUACCAAAUGGGGCCCAAGACAACCAAACAACUAUAAAUCUCGAGAAGAUUGUGUUCAAUUAUAUUAUACAGAUGGCGAAUGGUAUUGGAAUGAUGAGCGGUGUGUUUUGGAAUGGUACAGCGUAUGUGAUAUAAAUUAAUGCAAUCACAUCAAUAUUAUUUAUUUUUGUGCAAUUACUAUACCACUGAUUAUUUCAUGUCACGAAUUUACACCUUUUUCAAUUGACCUGUCGCUUACUUUAAUUAAGACUUUAAGAUUCGAAAAGUUUUAAAGAGAACAAGAAUAUAUUACAUAAGAAUAAUAUUGAUUUAAACAUGAAACUAAACAAACAUUUCACCUUAUAUAUACAAUAACACAUCACUGAAUUUGGUAGAAUCAAAUUUCACAAACUUUGACUAAUACAAAAAUGAUGAACUGAACAACAAUAAACCUUUGUUUAUCAACCUAUUAGACUAUUUGAAGUAUAAUGUUUAUAGACGAGCAGCUUAUUAAUCAAUUGGUUUGAACAAUAUUGAACCAAAUAUUUGACGUUACUGUUAAAACCACAUCGAAAUUUUUAUUGCAUUUAUGAUCAACUAUUAACAGUUAUGUUGAUACUGGCUCAUUUCCGGCUUCUCCAAAAGAAGCUUAGUACGUUAUUUUAUGCCUAUAUCUAAAGGUGAUGAGUUAGGGAAUGUAAGCAUAUGCAGGCCUGUAUCUAUAAUGUCCCACAUUAUUUCUAUGUGAAAAUUUUUUAUUUUCCUUAAGGAUAAAGGUUGUUUCGUUAAAAAAGAAAGGACAUUAAAGAUAACUAUGGCGAAAAGGUUAACACAUACACAGACAGUAAAAUAGGAUUAGAACAGUCGGGUGAAAGAAAGACGGGGAGAAUAUAUUGACUAUCCUUUAAUCACAAUUUUCUGUUUGAUAUGAAUAAAUGGUCAAUAAAAGUUUAAAAGUAGUUGUGUGUAGUAAAUCGUGCAGCACGAUAAAGACUUUCUUUGAGACCAAAUCUCAGGACCAUGUACUACGAUUGUUUCGUCUUACAUGCUUUCUUGUAGUUUUUUUUUUGUAAAUUUCGUGUAAUACAGCCAAUCUCCGAAAGUAUUGAUUUAUUUACUGAUUACACAGUACACACCACUCGCUUUAAAUACUUUGACACGUGUUUUUCCAAAUCAGAAUCAUUUUUAUGAAAAAUCUAAACACAUUUUGCAUGAAAAUACUGUAGUUCAGAUUGUUUAUAAACUUGGUCAGGAAAUUUUGAAAAGUAUAUUUUCAG